AUGUCCGCUGAAUACGUAUCUACCGACGCCUGGUCCCUGGUCGGGUCCGUCCUUCAGGACGCCCCCAAGAACACCGCCUACCAGAUCAUGGAUGUCCUCGGCUACGGCACCUACGGUUCCAUCUACCUCGCCAAGACCGUCUCUUCCUCUUCCCCCUCCGAGUACAAGGCCAUCAAGUCCCUCUCUAAGCAGGGCCUCUCCCCCUCCCAGUUGUUGAUCCAGCGCCAGGAGAUCGACAUCCACCUCUCCCUCUCCUCCGCCAACAACGGCCAGCACCCCAACAUUGUCGACAUGUCCUCCGUCAUUGAGACCAAGGACUCGCUCUACCUCGUUAUGGAGUACUGCUCCGGCGGUGACCUCUACGACGCCAUCACCUCCCAGCACGCCGCCGCCUCCGACUCUGGCUUGGGCUUUGCCGCCGCCCCCAACACCACUGGUGGCCGCCAUCUCAACGUCCACUCCGACAAGUCUGUUCUCGAUGCCAUGCACCAAAUCAUCUCCGCCUUGGCUCACUCUCACCGCCACCAAGUCUUCCACCGUGACCUCAAGCCCGAGAACGUCCUCGUCGCCGGCGAUGGUUCGCUCAAGUUGGCCGACUUUGGUCUCGCCACCAAGGAUCGCAUUUCGACCGAUUACGGUUGCGGUUCCUCCUUCUACAUGGCUCCCGAGCAGCAGUCUGCACACUACCCUCGUCGCCCCUACUUGCCCGCCAAGUCUGAUGUCUGGUCGUUGGGUAUCAUUUUCUUGAACUUGCGCUUUGGUCGCAACCCCUGGAAGUUGUCCCAUCCUGAGGCCGAUGCUACCUUUGCCGCCUACGCCCAGGAUGCAACCGUCCUCGAUGGCAUGUUUCCCGAAUUGUCAGCCAAUGCCCUUCACUUCUUGCACCGCGUCCUCUGUGUCGAUCCCGAUCAGCGUGCCGAUAUCUUUGAGGCCCUUGAGCUCCUCCACCGCAUCGACUCCAUUGUCCCCCAGGAGGUUGGUAUGGAGGAUUGCGGCGAGAGCCGCUCCUCGUCCGAUCUCUCCGCCAGCACCUCGACCUCGACCUCCCAGUCUUCCUUGGCCGAGUCCGCGUCCAUGUCCCUUGAUGGAUCCUACCCUCGUCACAAUGGUUCCGACACUGAUUCGAUCUUCCAUAUGGAGGACGACUUUGGAUCGAAGCAGAUGCAGCACAACUGGUCGCUCGCCUCUUCUGGCCGGUCAUGGUCGGAUAUGGCUGAUGAGGAAGAGAUGGACUUCUCUCGGCCCGUUGACUUUGACGAGUCUGCUUCUGCUCCUUCCUCUGCGGAUUCGUUCUCGAUGGCCGGCUUCACCAAGCUUUCUGACCUAUUGAUGGUCAGAUAA